AUGUUACCAAUUAUUGAAGCCAAAAAACGUAUUAUGCAUUCAUUUAAUGAUUUGGAUGAUAUAUUUCUUCACGGACCAAUUUUGUUUGAAGAAAUAAUUUUAUCUAAUUUUAAUAUUUUUCGUUUAGUUGAUCAUUUUUCGGUAAAUUUUUAUUUAAUUUUUAAUAAAAAUUUUGAUUUAAAGCCAAAUCCAUGUCCUAUAUCUUUUGACGAAUUAAAAAGUUGGGAAUCUUCAUUUCAGAAUGAAGGAAUGUUAAAUAAUCGUUUUUAUAAAUUUAUUCUAGUUGACAGACUUUUGUGUUUUGGUAUAGCUAAAUCUAUGCCUGUUUUUGAAAAAUUGACUUUAUCUGAUCAGGUGUUUUAUGUAAAUUUAUUUUAA